UGUUCUGCAAGGGGCAGAUCCCAGGAGCUAAAUCCCACUAAUCCAAAGGCAGAGCCUUUAGAUGCCAUCCCUACAAUUACUGAGUUAGAUAUGAAUAAGUCCUUGCACUGAAGCAGUUCGGAGUGAGGCAGCCUUGGAGUUCUGCAAGACCUUCACCAACGUCCAAAGAUCUUGGGGUGAUGUGCCCCAAGUCAUGAAACCCUGGAGGAGAAGGAUGUUCCUCACCAAAGGGGGCACAGGAAGAUUUUGACACUGCAGGGGGGACGCAGAGCACCACCUGGGGUGUCCUGUGAAAAUCCCAGCCUGAAGGAGGUGGGCACUUGCACGGAGACCCACCAUGCAUCGCCUCUCCCUGGGGCAGGACCCAUGUCCCAGGAGAUCCAUCACCACUGGUGAGAUGCCGCUCUGCUGGUGGGUGGCUUUUCCUGGAGGGCUCUCUCCGUAGAGGACUUGCGGGUGUAUUUAUAGCACACUCAGCCUCAGUGGAUGAAGAUUCGGGAUAAAAAUACUUCUCUGGUAAUGAACAGGUAAGCUGGUAAGGGGGCUGCUGCUUUUAGAGCACAAUCCUGUUUGGAUCAGCAAAUUUUCUUAGCCAUGGGAUGAUGCUAUUGAUGGUGGAGGAGCUGCUGUGGGUUUGGGAUUUCUGUGCCUGGCUGUGAGGGAUGAGUCCUUUACUCCCCAAACCAUAUAGCUCUUAGUCUUUAAUAACAAAUAUCUUACUCCAAGCUUGAACACAAAGCUUCUGCCAUGGCAGUUGUUUAACAGUCCUUAGCUAAAUUCCAGUCAUAAUCCUGCUUUUCCCUUGUUUUGUGACUGCCUGUUUUUCCACCUAUCCUUCUGCCACGUUUAAAAGACACUGGCAAAUGAGAUAAGUUAGACCUUGAAAAACCUCUUCAGAAAGUUUAAAAUCAUAUGCACUUACAUAUACAACCCUAAGUACCUGCAUAUAUGGGCCAGUACCUGUUUGUGUGUCUGUGUUUGUGUGUAUAUGGGCUCUGGUUCAUUUUCACAACUCACUGAGGUUUUGGGAGUGGCAAAAGUUGCUGGCUCAGUGCAUUUUACCUUUUUGUGCUCUUAUUUAUGUGUUUUUUCUGUGCGGUUUGGGAUUUAUCUUCCGAAGAACUGAAAAAUUACUGUAUGCAUAGCUUGCAUUUAUUGCUGCAAGCAGUCACUCUUCGCUGGCUUGUUUCAAAAUAGAUUGCAAAACUUUCUAAAAUGUUAAUAUAUUUGUGCAUUUUAGGACUACAGGGAGUUUAACUGGCAAUGGGUAGGGUUGUCUGUGUGGUACAAUGGCUUUUGUGGUGCACACCCAUGGGGCUAUGCAGGUUUUUGGCACCCCAUACACUUGCACCUUGCGAGCUGUUGUAUAAUUUGGGCUGAUUCAGCUCUACCUACAUGCACCAAGCAAAUACGUAUACAGGAAGGCAAAUGUAAUCUGCUUUUCUUCCAGCAGCUAGUAAUGCACUGCCUGGCUUCCUGAAGAGCUCAGCUUCGGUCUCCCUGCCUGUAAAACAAUGUCAUUGCUCCUACCGUGUCCUAACAGCUUGCUCUGGGUGCUGUUGAGGCACAUUAAGUUGCAGCCGUUCAACACUGGAAAUUCCUUCAAGACGUUUUUCCACGCUCUCUGGUGGCUGCUGUUGGGAAUAAUCACACUUUCCCCUCCAGUGCAUUGUUCCAUUUUUAAAAUUGGACUGCUCGGACCCUGGGACUGUGAUCCCUUCUUCUCCAAAGCCUUUCCCCAUGCAGCUGCCAGGUUAGCGGUGGAACGAAUAAGCAAAGAUCCUUCGCUAGACCUUGGCCAGAGACUGGAUUAUGUGGUCCUGCAAGAAGACUGUGAGACAUCAAGAGCUCUGGUUAGAUUCAUUGACUUUGGAAAAUUUUCCUCAGCUUUCGUAGGUCCUCUGAACCCUGGCUUCUGUGAGGUGGCUACGCUUUUAGGGGAAAACUGGAAUAAAACCAUCUUCUCAUGGACGUGCAUCAAUUAUAAACUGGACUCCACCACCCAUCACCCUGCAUUUGCCAGGACCCUGCCCUCUCCAACCCAAGUUUUGUUUACAAUAAUGAAAUAUUUUAAUUGGGCUCACGUUGGCAUCAUUGCUUCCAACCAGGAUGUUUGGAUGGACACAGCCCACAAGUUAGCGAGUGCACUCAGGAACGAGGGGCUUCCUGUAGGCAUUGUUACAGCCAUGGGUAAAGGAGAAAAAGGCAUUGAAGACACUUGGAACAAGAUCAAAAAAGUUGGUGGCAUUAAAAUUAUACUUCUGUGCAUGCAUUCUGUGCUCAUUGGAGGGGAGGAACAGGCCACCUUACUCACAAAAGCUCAGGAAAUGGGACUAACGGAUGGAAGAUACGUCCUCAUUCCAUAUGACACUUUACUUUACAGUCUUCCUUACCAAAACAACUCAUUCUAUGCCCUCGACAAUGACACCAAGCUCCAGGAAGCAUAUGAUGCUGUGCUGACUAUUACACUGGAGUCUGGGAACAGGACUUUUUACGAUGCAUUCAGGGAAGCUAAAGAAAAUGGUGAAAUAGCCAGGGAGCUGGAAGCUACACAGGUUUCUCCACUCUUUGGGACAAUCUACGAUGCCAUUUACUUCAUGGCAAUGGCCAUAAACAGUGCUCGGAAAAAAGGAGCCUGGGUCUCAGGAGUUAAUAUAACAGAACACACGAAAAAUGUUAGUUUCCCUGGAUUUAGCCAGUGGGUAGAGACAGACAGCUGUGGGAAGUGGCUGAGCAACUACGUGGUACUGGACACAGAUGGUCAUGGGAGUCAGCUCUUCCCAACCCACUUGCUGGACAUGUCUUUAGACGAUGUCAGAUCCCUCGGCCAGGACAUCCAUUUUCCCAGUGGAGCCCCUCCCAAGGCAGACUGCAGCUGUUGGUUCGAUCCAGACGUUCUCUGCACUGGAGGAAUUGAGCCUACAAUCAUGAUUUUGGGAGCAAUGCUGGUAUUUGCCCUGGUGCUUUGUGCUGUGGGCCUAGCUUAUCUUAUCAGGCAUAGCAUCCUGAACAGCCAGUUAUUCAGGGGGCCUAACAAGAUAAUACUGACCCUGGAUGACCUUAUCUUCAUCAACCCAGAGCUACAUAAAAAGAGGCUGACCUUGGACAGUCUGACUGAUGCAAACAGCGUAGCAGCAGAGACCAGAAGCCAGAAAUCCCCAACCCGCUCCUUUUCCUUGAAAAGCGCAGCUGCCACCCACGAAACCUCCAACGUGGCUUUGUAUGAGGGUGACUGGGUGUGGCUGAAAAAAUUUGAGACGGGAGCAAUUCACCAUCUGCGGCAAAGCUCCACCAGCAUCUUGAGGAAGAUGAAAGAUUUGCGUCACGAAAAUGUGAAUCUGUUCCUGGGCUUUUUCUCUGACUGUGGCAUCUUUGCCAUAGUGACAGAGUACUGCUCCCGAGGAAGCCUGGAAGACCUACUGAGAAAUGAAGACAUGAAACUGGAUUGGAUGUUCAAGUCCUCCCUCCUGAUGGAUCUAAUUAAAGGAAUUAGGUAUUUGCACCACCGAGAUUUUGCCCAUGGACGUCUGAAGUCUCGUAACUGUGUUGUGGAUGGACGGUUUGUGCUGAAGAUCACCGACUAUGGUUAUAACGAGCUCUUAGAAGCACAGAAAUGCCCUUACAUUCAGCCACCCCCUGAAGAAUUGCUCUGGACAGCACCUGAGUUGCUGAGGGACCCGGACAUGCGCAGAAAAGGCACAUUCAAAGGAGACAUUUACAGCUUUGCGAUUAUCCUACAAGAAGUGGUUGUUCGGGGCCCACCAUACUGCACGUCAGACCUCUCAGCUGAAGAAAUUAUAAAGAAGGUGAAGAAACCCCCUCCCUUGUGCCGCCCAAACAUAGCCCCUGAGAUGGCCCCCCUGGAGUGUAUCCAGGUAAUGAAGCAAUGCUGGGGUGAAGCCCCCGAGCGACGUCCCACCUUCGAGGAGGUAUUUCACAAGUUCAAAACCAUCAACAAAGGCAAAAAGACCAACAUCAUUGAUUCAAUGCUCAGAAUGCUUGAGCAGUAUUCAAGCAACCUGGAAGAUUUAAUCAGGGAACGGACAGAAGAGCUAGAGAUUGAAAAACAGAAGACAGAGAAACUCCUAUCACAAAUGCUUCCUCCAUCAGUGGCAGAAGCCCUCAAGACUGGUGGCACUGUGGAACCUGAGUAUUUUGACCAGGUCACCAUCUACUUCAGUGACAUCGUGGGCUUCACAACCAUUUCAGCCCUCAGUGAACCUAUCGAAGUGGUUGACCUCCUAAAUGACCUUUACACUCUGUUUGAUGCUGUUAUUGGAAAUCAUGAUGUUUACAAGGUAGAGACAAUUGGUGAUGCCUACAUGGUUGCCUCAGGGCUCCCAAAACGGAAUGGAAACAAGCAUGCGGCUGAGAUAGCCAACAUGUCCUUGGACAUCCUCAGCUCAGUGGGAACGUUCAAGAUGAGACACAUGCCGGACAUCCCCCUCAGGAUACGAAUCGGGCUGCACACAGGGCCUUGUGUGGCGGGCGUUGUAGGUCUGACCAUGCCACGGUACUGCCUCUUUGGAGACACAGUGAACACAGCAUCACGAAUGGAGUCCACAGGCCUGCCUUACAGAAUUCAUGUCAGCCAAAGUACAGUGGAUACACUUCGGGCUCUAAAUGAAGGCUAUGAAAUCGUACCUAGGGGAAAAACAGAACUGAAGGGUAAAGGAGUAGAAGACACAUAUUGGCUAGUUGGGAAAAAAGGAUUUCUGAAGCCCUUACCUAAACCUCCCGAAAUAAAGCCAGGCCACAACUGGUCAGGCAUGCUGACCAGGAAACUCAAAUUUGUCCUGAGGAACACGAAGAGGACACUGACAAAAGCAACCUUUAAAGAACUGGGGAGCAUGAAGGAGACUGAAAUGAGUAUUGAAGAGGAAGAAAUCUAAGAAGAGCACAGCAAAGAACUAGUAAGACCAGGAUGAACAGCAUGAAGUCAACCCCAGCAGGGAAGUCCACACCCUCCAUUUAAUUCCCUCCCAGCCAAAAGCAGUAUAAUUGCUGAAGCCUCUUAGCUCUUGCAGGGGGAGAGCCUGAGCAGGCAGAUGAAUCCCAAUCAUCUUUUCUCAUUGAAAAUGGGCACUGAAUCAGAGCUUUUUUUCAUCACGUUUCCAUGCGUGCUCUUUUGACUGGGGUCCAUUGGAAGGAAGGUGAUGGUGCUUUUCUUCCUUCAUCAGCACCUCAGUCACAAGGAUGGGCCCAAGACAUAUUUUAGCUAGGUCAGCGUGGCAGCACAAAUCCAUCCAGCUGCACUUGGGUCUGUAAUAGAACAAUAAUGCCAAGUGUUAACUCAUUAACCAUUUUGCAAUAGAUAGGUAUGUUGUUAUAAGAAAUGCUGGUUAA